UCCUAUCUAGGAAGUUAAACAUUUCGAGUAGCGAUUCAACGCGCUUAAGCGUUUACAGUGAUUAAUAUCGUUAUCGAUAGCGAAGUUUCAUAUAAUGUGAUGAAUAUAAACACAAAAGAAGGGCUAAUUUGAGACGAAGGAGCAGACCGGAGACUCCACCAUGGCAGGAGACGAAGCUCGGCAGAGGAAAGGAGGUGGCCGCAAGAAGUCCAAAAAGGGGAAAGGGAAGGGGCAGGGUGGUUUGGAUCAGACUGGAAGUCUAGAUGGGCAGAAUGACCUGCUGUUACCCCCUCCCACCAUACCACCCAAAAAGCCUGUGGAGGAGAGGACCAAAACAGCCCUAGCUAAGAUAGAGGAUGAGUCGGCCACUUCUAUCUGCCUGCAGGUGCUGUUCCCCUACCUGCUGGCUGGGAUGGGGAUGGUGAUGGCAGGCAUGGUGCUGGACAGUGUACAGCACUGGGAUGUGUUUAAAGCGAUCACAGAGGUGUUCAUCCUGGUACCUGCUCUAGUGGGGCUCAAGGGAAACCUGGAGAUGACUCUAGCAUCUCGUCUCUCUACUGCUGCUAACACCGGACAGAUGGACGACCCCAAACAGCAGUGGCUGAUGGUGACCUGUAAUCUUGCUCUUAUUCAGGUUCAGGCCACUGUGGUGGGCUUCCUGGCAGCUCUUGCGGCCGUAGGUCUUGGCGCUUUGUCCAGAGGGGGUGUAGAGCUGGACCAGGCGGCUGUCCUGUGUGCUAGCAGUGUUACCACCGCAUUUGUGGCUGCUCUGUCCUUAGGUCUGGUGAUGAUUGGUGUGAUCAUUGGCUCCAGGAAAGUGGGCAUCAACCCUGAUAAUGUGGCCACACCGAUAGCAGCCAGUCUGGGAGAUCUCAUCACUCUUUCUCUGUUGGCUGGAGUCAGCAGCACACUGUUCCAGUACAGAGAUGUGUGGUACUUGUCCCCGUUGGUGUGUGUCUUCUUCCUGCUGCUCAUUCCUCUCUGGGUGCUCAUCGCUAGACAGAGUCCACAGAUUAAAGAGGUUCUGAAGUCGGGCUGGCAGCCUGUUAUAGUGGCCAUGUCCAUCAGCAGUUUCGGAGGCCUUAUUCUUGAUAAGACUGUGAGCGAUCCGAACUUUGAGGGCAUGGCGGUCUUCACACCAGUCAUAAACGGUGUGGGGGGGAACCUGGUGGCCAUCCAGGCCAGUCGGAUCUCCACCUACCUUCAUUUGUGGAGCGUACCUGGAGUCCUGCCCUAUAAGAUGAGACAGCACUGGCCCAACCCCUGUGCCACAUUCUUCUCCUCAGGUGUGAACUCGAAGUCGGCGCGGGUGCUGUUCCUCUUGGUGGUUCCAGGUCAUCUGUUGUUUCUUUUUGCCAUUAAUAUGCUCCAAGGAGGCCACGCUGCCAUCACACCAGCAUUUAUCUGCUGCUACCUGGGUGCUGCUCUGCUUCAGGUCGGGAUCCUCAUUUAUACAGCAGACCUGAUUGUGCGUUUGAUGUGGAGAAAAGGUUUGGACCCAGAUAACUUCUCCAUCCCGUACCUGACUGCACUGGGAGACCUGUUGGGUACGGGUUUCCUGGCCCUGUGCUUCCGUCUGGUCAUGCUAAUGGAGGGGCUCGGCUUGUAAAAUGCUAGACCUCCUCCUCCCACCUCCAGAUCCCAGUUCAUGGGACCUUUGCCACCUAGGCUGGCUGCAAUGCUUUGGAGAUGCGAACUUGUCUGUGGGAAGCUAAAGACAGAAUAUGAGCCACAUUGUUUCUGUGCUUACAGGACAUGUUGACUGGAAAUAUGAAAUACAUCGGCAGGUAUGGACUUAGUAGCUGACAGCCUGUAAUAUGAUUAUACUCUUGGUGUGUUGUCCUGUUGCCUCAGUGAUGCUGCUUUCAUACACACUAGUCACCUGAAAACUGUAUAACUUUAGGUGCGCCACAAAUUUUUAUGUGCCAUGUAUAAAUUGAAUUUGACGUUUACAAGAUUUAAGACCUUGAAGGAUUCUGGGAUGUUUGUUUUUGUCAAAUAUCGUUUUUGAGUGUCUGAUUUAGGAUCGAAAGUCUCAAAACUUUGAAGGUCAUUCCUUUGCUGUUGUAGUAACUACAUACAAGAUCAUAAUUGCUGCUAGAUAUUUUUACUGGAUACUAUAUCUCAUAUACAGAGGGUGUAACGUACCUCUAAGUUUGUAAUUUUUUUGCACCUGAAAUAUUUUUUCUCAAAAUACCACACUUUGGAAAAAGACAAAAUCUUCUAAUGAAUGAAUUGAUUACAAUGAUAUUGUUCAUGUGGCAGUUUUAUUCAACACAUUUGUAAUAUAUUUACUCUGAAUUAUAAUUAACCUUACUCACAUGAUUUUUCUACAGUUUAAGUGUUGUGGUCCCUAAAACAGUAAAAAAAAAUAAAAAAUUACAUAUUUGUCCAGUAAA